AUGAAAGCAGCUGCUUUAAAUAUAACGAGAUACUUCAUUAGUAUGAAUGCAAAAAAAUAUAUUGGAAUUGACAACGAAUGGUUGUGGAUUAUUGAUUUAUUACAUUCUUCAACUAAAUGCAAUAUUAAUGACAUCCAAUUAACUCUGAUGAAAAUAAGGAUAAAUGAUACAUUUAGUCGAUUAGGAGAUCAGUUUGGUUUAUCAACAUCGCAAGCUAGUAAAGUAUUUAAUGAAACAGUGAAACCCUUAGCGUAUUAUUUGAAAACUCUUGUGUACUGUCCAGAUCCAAGUAGCAUAAAAAAGAAUUUGCCAGUGGCAUUUCGUGCAUACUACAGCCAUGUAUGUGCUAUUAUAGAUGCUUUUGAAAUUGAAAUUGAAAAACCAUCUGAUUCAGUGCAACAAGCUUUGAUUUGGUCAGAAUAUAAGAAAUGUAACACUUUAAAAUAUUUAAUAGCUUGCGCUCCUGAUGGAUUUAUUAUUUUUAUAUCUUCUGGAUAUGGAGGCAGGAUCAGUGACACUUUAUUAUUUCAAGAAAGUAAAAUAAUGCAUAUUUUACCAGAAAAAUGCGGAAUUAUGGCUGACAGAGGGUUCAAACAAAUACAGACAAUUUUAAAUCAGAAUAAGUGUGAGCUGCUUCGUCCACCGUCUAUCUCUACUUCUACAAAACCUACAAGACAAGAAGUAUUAAAAACCAAAAGCAUAGCAAGUUUAAGAAUUCACAUCGAAAGAGUGAUUAGAAGAGUUCGUGAAUAUAAAAUAUUAGAGCCUCAUUCUUGUCUCGACUGGAACACAAUGUCUUAUAUUGAUAGUGUUGUAACUAUCGUAGCAGGUCUAAUAAAUUUACAAAAUCCUAUAAUUAGAAAGUAA